AUGUCUCGUAAUAAAAUAUCUGAUGAUAUUAAAAAGAUCGUCAAAUAUCUUUUGACUAAAAUGUGUUCAUAUUCAAUGAUCAAGCAAGAAUUAUUUAAAAUGAAUCUUAAUGUGUCGAAAAGUACUAUUAAUCGUAUAGCUAACAAAGUCGAAAAACAACGUCUAUUAAGUUUAUUAAAUAAUCAAAACCCAAAAUUUUAUCGCCGACGUCAAAUAGCAAUAUCUGACAUUGCUCGUCAUAUUACAUGA